AUGAACUAUUUCGUGCAUUCGAUCAUGUACACUUAUUAUGCUACUGUCUCGACAGGAAUCCGUCUUCCGAAGCGGAUUUCCAUGACCGUCACUGCCCUUCAAACCACACAAAUGCUUAUUGGUGUUGUUAUCUCGGUUUAUGUGCUAUUUUUGAAACUCAAUGGCGCGGUGUGUCAGCAGUCUUUCGACAAUCUUGCCAUAUGUUUCGCUAUCUACGCGUCAUUCCUCAUCUUGUUUUCUAAAUUCUUCAAUACAGCAUAUCUAGUGAAGAGGGAGAAGACCGCUAUAGUGAAGUCAGCUGAAAAAGUUGAUUAG